UCUGUAGCGCAGAUCUACACGCCGCGGAUCUGUGCGGAUGUGGUGACGUAGGAGGCCAAACAGGAAGUGGACGCACACGCUGCUGAGCGCUCCAUGCUGCUCGUCUCCGGAGUCACAGCUCGAUGCCGGACCACUGAGCCGACAUGACGGCAGCAGGCAGGCUGAGCUUCAGCCACAUCACCGCCCUGGCCCCGAUGGUCCGGGUCGGGACUCUGCCCAUGAGGCUGCUGGCUCUGGACUACGGAGCCGAUGUGGUUUACUGCGAGGAGUUGAUCGACAUCAAAAUGGCCAAAUGUCACCGAGUGGUGAACGAGGUGUUGGAGACGGUGGAUUUUGUGGCCCCAGAUGAGCGAGUGAUGUUCAGGACCUGUGAGAGGGAGAAGCACAGAGUCGUCUUCCAGAUGGGAACUGCCGACCCGGACAGAGCGCUGAUCGUGGCCCGGCUUGUGGAGCAGGAUGUGGCUGCUAUCGAUGUGAAUAUGGGCUGUCCCAAAGAAUACUCCACUAAGGGCGGGAUGGGAGCUGCUCUUUUGUCAGAUCCCAACAAGAUUGAGGCGAUCCUCAAGAAGCUCGUCACAGGAGUUUCCAUACCGGUCACGUGUAAAAUCCGGAUCCUGCCUUCGUUGGAUGAGACGGUCCAGUUGGUCCGGAGGAUUGAGAGGACGGGCGUCGCUGCCGUCGCUGUUCACGGCAGGUUGAAGGAUGAGCGUCCUCGCCAUCCGCUCCACGUCGACUACAUUCAGGCCGUCGCUCGGGCCGUUUCCAUCCCCGUCAUCGCCAAUGGAGGUUCUCUGGAUCUGGUGAAGACGAACGCCGACAUCGAGGAGUUCCGGAAGUCGACCGGCGCCUCGUCGGUCAUGUUGGCUCGAGCCGCCAUGUGGAACGCUUCUGUGUUCAGAGAGCGAGGACCUCUUCCUCUGGAGACGGUCAUGGAGGACUACCUCAAAUACGCGAUCCGGUACAACAACCACGCCUUCAACACAAAGUACUGUCUGUGUCAGAUGAUGAGAGAAAAGGUGGAGUCUCCUCUGGGGAAGCAGGUGCAGGCGGCUCAGACCAGCGCCGACAUCAGCGAGGCGUUGGGGCUGCAGGAGUUCUACCAGCAGACCCAGGACCAGCUGCGGGUCAGGAGGGAGGCCCUGACCAGCAGCAGCCCGCCGGAGGGACUGCUGAUGGACGGAGACGUCACCACGAUGGCCGUCAGGUUUGAGCGGAGGGAGUAUCCUCCUCACAUCACGCCAAAGAUGUUCCUGCUGGAGUGGAGCCGCAAGGAGAAGCUGGAGCAGCCGCUCUAUGAGAUGGCGCAGCGCUCUCAGGACCGAGCCUUCCAAUCCACCGUGACCUUAGCGGAGAAGAAAUACAGAUCUUCACUGUGGGAGAAAUCGAAGAAAUUCGCCGAGCAAGCGGCCGCCGUCGUGUGUCUGCGGGUCCUUGGCGUUCCGGAGGGUCGAAUCGGCGAGGAAGACUCCGGCUUGGUCUGCAAGAGGAAGAGGGAGGUGAAGCUGAACGGAGCCGCGGAGGAAGAGGGGAGCAAUAAACGACACGUGGUCGAAACCCAACAGGAGACGGACGACAAAGAGAGCGUCGCUGUGGAGAACGCUGACCAGACUGCAUGAAGAGUCAGAAACUUUAAGUCUAAACAGGAAGACGUGUCUCUGAACGCUGACGGACGUUUGUGUGAACCCGAAGAACAAAUCAAGGGAGUUUAUUUUUUCUUAGCUUUUUUUUUAAGUUUCUCUGCAUCAAAUAGUUUCUCAGUUCAUUUUUGACCUUCAUCGUUUUCUGUCUGAACAUUAAUGAUGAUCCUAGAAAUUAAGUUUAGAUUAAUUUGCUCUAAAACACAAACAGCAGCUACGACGUCAUAUUCGAGCCUUUGGUGGUCAUACAAUGCUAAUAAGUGAUGAACCUGGGUGUUAAUAUCCGAGAUAAAACUCUGAGGAAUAUUCUCUGCAAUUGUAAAGUCAUAAAUUUACGAGAAAUAAACUUCAUCACACCACAGACGCCGGUUCUGCCGAGCUGCAUUCUCUCUCCUGUCCACCAGGGGGCGACUCCUCUGGUUGUAUAGAAGUCUAUGAGAAAAUGACUCUACUUCUCUCUUGAUUUAUUCCCUCAGUAAACAUUGUAAACAUGAGUUUAUGGUCUCAAUCUCUAGUUUCAAGUCUUCUUCAAUACAGCAUGAUGUUCAUUUAGUAAAUGAUGCUCCAUUUAGAGUCAAACAGACCAUAAAGCAGGGGAUGCUUUAGGGCGGGGCUACACACUGAUUGACAGGUCGACACCAGAGACGUAUACGGCGUCUCUACGUCACUCCUCCUCAGUCCAAAUAUGGUCACUUCCUGUUCACUGGUUGCAUAAAAACAAGAUGGCGACGGCAAAAUUGCUAAACUCAAGGCUUCAUAAUACAAACCAAUGGGAGACGUCAUGACGACUUUACUCAGAAGCCGUACUAAACAAGAAGACCACUUCAGGAGCAACAGAAUUCCGAUGGCGUCUGUGGUGUGAUGAUCCAACCUUACAAAGUGAAGAGAAAAACACAGUAUUAUUACGUUUUUAUUAGACCAGAUUAGUUUUUUUGUGUCAUUUUACAACUUAAAUCUAGUAAAUUCUGAGUUAUUUUUCUGAAUAUUACCCCCUUCUCCUUGACUGUUAUUCUAUUUAUUUUUUACCUAUAGUGGCACUAACCUUGUAUUCUGACCUCAACCUUUACAUUUCUUUACUUCAAAACUGUUUUCACACAUUUAAACUGGGAUCUGUCUUCCUCUGGGUCUGAUGGGACAAAGUCUUUAAUAUUCACUACUCUUUAUUUUACAUCUUUUUAUUUUAAUAGAACUCAUGUUUGUUUUAUUUUCCCUGGUAACUGAAGAGGGUCAUAUGUAUAUUUUCAUCCAGUAGGAGGCAGAGCUGAACCUUCAUAUCAAGGAUUUAUUAAUUCAGAUAUUUUUGUGAAAAACACUUUAAUUUUAAACUUGCUGCCUUACAGAACUUUUUAAUUGCCGAUCUUUAUUUUUCACUUAAGUUUUCACUUAGAGAAAUCUUCUGAAAGCUGCGGUCGCUGUUGGUUUCAUGUUCAUGUUUUAGGAUCAGCAUCUUUUAUUUUAUGAUUUUUUGAUUGUGAAGCUGCGGCCUGAAGUUAAAGUCUCAACUAAAAACUAUUAAAAACACAAGAA